GUGAGCAGUGACGUUUGUUCCUCUUUGUUUGAUAAUGUUUUUCAAAUUUUGAUAAGCACAGUUAUCCCCUUUAUUUUCAUUUGAAUUGACUUCACCUAUGUCUUGAAUAUUUAAAUGAUGGAUUUUAUUACUACAUUUUCUUUACUUUUUAUGUAUUUGUUUACAUCCACAUGUUGUGUACAUGUACCUGACAGUAGUCUCAAAAGUUUUAGUGAAAAACUGCUUCUAAGUGAUACUAAUAAUGUUGGACAGUUGAUAAAUGUUGAUGUCCAGAAUAGAUUGAGCUACGGUGUGACUGACGAUUUGGCACCUAAAAAUUUAUUGAGUUUGCAGAAAGAAAUAUUUUCUGUUCCAACUGUUUCAAAACUAAUGAAGCUGUAUGAUAACUAUGAUUUAAAUGCAUUCAAUAAUGAAAUUAUCACAACAGAAGAAAAAAGGGAAGAAGAGGCUUUACUUGAGGCAUUUUUAAAUACUACUGUUAUGACUGAAACAAAAAACUUUUUGCAAUCAAAUAACUUGAUAUCAAAGAAUGAUAAUGCUUUUAAAAAAAUGUUGGCUGACUUAUGGUUUACACCAUAUUCACGAGGGAAGAAGAAAGUUGGUUCAUCAGCAUUUGAGCAUAUAUUUUUAGCCGAAUUGAAAAAUAAUGACCUUGUUGGUUUGCAUAAUUGGUUAUAUUUUAGCCAUGAAGAAAAUAGAGGCAAUUUGAACUAUUUAGGUUGGGUAAAGAAGCUCUUCUUUCCUAAUAAGCGGGGCACUGGCGUUCUAAAGUUGAAAUAUUCUUGGGGCAAAUCAGUGAAGCAUGCUGGGACUAUUUUUAUUGGAACUAGUCCAGAAUUUGAAAUGUCUUUGUACACUGUUUGUUUUCUUGCAAGACCAAACGAUAAAUGUCAUAUUACAUUGGAUGGAAAACAACUGCAUAUACAGACCUAUCCUUUUGUCUAUCAGGGAAAAACAUUGAUAAGUAGUGCUUAUCCAGUAAUAUAAGUUACCUAUUAAAUAUUGUUGAUUAUUCUGUGUGCUGUGAAAUAAAUACUCAUUAUUAAAUUGUUAGUAGCAUAAUCACUUACUAGAUUCUAAUGGUAUUAGCAUAAGUCCCUUAAGAAUAACAAUAUUGAUCAUAAAAAUUAACAUAACAUCUGGCCAAAAUGCUUAUCACAAUAAAAGAAUAACUAAAACAUAAGUAAUAACAGAAGUAUUUACAUAGCUAUACAGAUAUAUUAAAGAAUAUGAGCAAUAAGGUCACGAUAUUGUAAAAUAGUUGCUACAAACAACAAACUAUGAAAUAAC